GUGCAAAACGCCAUUGCCUGGCUAGCGGCUACAUUGGGGGAGACGAGGAGUUUUUCAUCCUCCACCUCUUCCUCUGUCCUCCUCUUCCCACUCAUCCUUUGGCUCCUCCUUCCUACUCAUGCCUCAUCCUCUUCCUGGUCCGUCCGUCCUUCAACUCACUUUCUCCUCGCAUCCCUCCCUCCAUCCUCCCACUCCCGCCUUCUUUUGCAUCCUGACUCAAGUGAGGGUCAAAUUCGAUUGAGAUGAUGACGCAAUCAUACGAACGCAAUGCUCUCGUAUCAGACGCUUGCUCGAUCACCCGCUCGUUUGCUGUCACAAUGUACCCUACACCAUUCCGACACAUUUCUUUGCUAUCGCGUUUGCUAGCGCAUGCGCAGUGAUAUUGACCGGCAGAAUAACAUCCGGUUGUUCCCAAAGAUGAUCUUUUUUCUGAAAUAAUUUUACGGUAACGGACUUAGGUAAGCGUACAAAUUUGGGUGCGUAUUAUACAUGGGUACAGGCUUUUUUUCCAGCAUCGACAUGCCAUUUUUAUGUAUUAUGCACGGGGGCGCAUUAUACAUGGAAAAACACGGUAUGUUGGGAAGGCGCUUGCUCGCUCGCUCUCUCACACGGUGAGACCAGACGACGCGAAGGAGAGCGAGAGUUUUACGGGGGAAAGAUGGCUCAGGAUGCCGAGAGCAAGGAGCUGCUGUUGGAAACGCUGGAAGACCUGGGGCAGGAGGACUUCAAGAAGUUCAAGUUUUAUAUUGAUCUGGCUCAGAGCAAAAAAGAAAACGCAGACCGGACUGACAUCGCCGAAGUGCUGGUGAACAGGUACAGCAAGAACGCUGUGGCGGAGACCAUUAAGAUUCUGGAGAAGAUCAACAACUAUGAACUGGCCCAGAAGCUGCAAAUCAAAGGUGUCAACCGUGCGCCCUCAGAUAGCAUCUCCUUAGAGGUCCAGAUGGGCAAAUUCAAGCGGGAGCUGCAAGAGAACCUGCGGGCCAUGUACUGCAAGGCUCCAGAGGGCAACACGGAGCGCAGCCGGCAGGAGGCUCUGGAGAGCGUCUACAUCAAGCUCCACAUUAGCCGCGGCGUCGCUGGUCACCCCGACAAGCAGCACGAGGUCCUUCAGAUGGAGAUGCGCGGCCAAGACGAGGAGUCCAUCGAUCCGUGCGACAUCUUCAAAAGCGAGAUGCCCCUUCGCACCAUGGUCACCGUGGGCUUCGCGGGCAUCGGGAAGACCUUCCUGGUGCGCAAGUUUGUCCUGGACUGGGCCAACGGGACAACUAACACAGACGUGGACUUCAUCUUUCCCUUGCCCUUCCGCGAGUUGAACUUGGAGGAGGAAAAACGCUUUUCGCUCGCAGAGCUCAUCCAGCACUUCAUGUGCCACAGCAAGGCAGCCAUCGAGAUGCUGAAGGACAUCUUGGGCAGGCUGCAAGAUUUGGGCAAGCGCACCUACCAAAGCAGCAGCGUCAAGAUUUUGUUUGUGCUGGACGGCUUGUACGAGUGUCGCCUCAAACUGGACCUGAGCGAUGAGCGCAAGGAGCGCCUGGAUGUGACCCAAGCGUACCCCGUGGAGGUCCUCCUGGCGCAUCUCAUCAAGGGGAACCUGCUUCCCUGCGCCCGGCUUUGGAUCACCACGCGGCCCCAGGCGGCCCCCGACAUCCCGCCGCGCCUGGUGGACGGCAGAACCGAGGUGAAAGGCUUCAGCCGCUCCCAGAGGCUGGACUACUUCAGGAAGAAGUUCCCCAAAGACGAGGAGGACGUCAUCAAGCACAUCCAAAAGUCCCGCAGCAUUUUCAUCAUGUGCCACAUGCCCAUCUUCUGCUGGCUCACCGCCACCGUUCUCCGAGAUUAUUGGAAGCACGGAAAGAAGCUGCCCGAAACCCUGACCGAGAUCUACACAGAGUUCCUACUCUAUCACCUGGGCAGGUCCGAGGAGCGAGGCGACCAGAAGCCCACGGAGUACGUCAAAGCGCUGGCCAAGAUGGCUUUUCGGCAUCUCAUGAAAAAGCAACAGAUCUUCUACGAGAGCGACUUGCGGGAAAGCGGCUUGGAUGACCCGCAGGUCGCAAAACAUUCGGGAGUGUUCACCGAGGUCUUCGAGGAGGUACCGCCGCUCAAGAAAUACCAACGCGGCAAGAUGUUUCAGUUCAUCCACCUGAGCAUCCAGGAAUAUCUGGCCGCUCUCUACGUGAUGAUGAGCCUGUUCCAGGACAACAGGAACGUGCUGGGAGAGCUCCCGAUGCAUUGCGAGCAGACGUCGCUCGUCCGGGUCCACCAGGCGGCCGUCCUCAAAGCCUCAGAAAGUGAGGGAAACCUGGACUUGUUCCUCCGCUUCUUGGUGGGCCUUUCCUUGCAGUGCAACCAGGAGCUCAUGGGCGAGCUGCUGAAGGCUCCCAAGAACUUCAGCCACAGCAACGCAGAAACAGUCCGCUUGAUCGAGCAACAGAUAGAUAAGAACUCUCCUGAGGAGAACAUCAACUUGUUCUACUGCCUGAAAGAGCUGAAGGACGAGUCCCUGCUGAAGCAGAUCCAAAAGUACCUAAAAGAAUUGCGGUUCCACGAUGACAACGUACCUCCGGCCAUUUGGUCGGCCCUGCUCUUCUUCUUGCGGGCUUCUGACGAAGCAAUGAGCUGCUUCGAACUCUGGAAAUACGCUCCGUCUGAGAAGGGGCUCCUGAUGCUGCUGCCGGUGGUCAAGGCUUCUCGAAAAUCAGUGCUCCACCACUGCGAGCUGAGCAAGAAAAGCUGCGAGGCGCUGGCCUCCGUUCUAAGCUCGUCCCGCACCCUGAGCCAUCUGGAUCUCAGCUUCAACGACUUGCGUGACGACGGGCUGGAGGCGCUCGCCGUCGGACUGGCAAAGCCGCAGUGCACCUUGCAAGUCCUCGGGCUCGAGAGCUGCAACCUGAGCAAGAAAAGCUGCAAGGCGCUGGCCUCCGUUCUAAGCUCGCCCUGCAGCCUGAGGGAGCUGGAUCUCAGCCACAACGAUUUGCGUGACGACGGGCUGGAGGCGCUUGCCGCCAGACUGGCAAAGCCGCAGUGCACCUUGCAAGUCCUCGGGUAUGGCGCUCCUCCACCCCGUCGAGCGAGCGGCAGAAGGCCAGCCGGCCCAAGAACCUUGGGCUUGGGUCAGCCGGCCGCCCUCUUGUCUUCUCAGGCUCCAGUGCUGCAAUCUGAGCAAGAAAAGCUGCGAAGCGCUGGCCUCCGUUCUAAGCUCGUCCUGCAGCCUGAGGGAGCUGGAUCUCAGCCUCAACGACUUGUACGACGACGGGCUGGAGGCGCUCGCCACCGGACUGGCAAAGCCGCAGUGCACCUUGCAAGGGCUCAAGUAAGGCUCUCCUCCACCCCUGUCGAGCGAGCGGCAGAAGGCCAGCCGGCCCAAGAACCUUGGGCUUGUGUCAGCCGGCCGCCCUCUUGCCUUCUCAGGCUCAUUCACUGCAACCUGAGCAAGAAAAGCUGUGAGGUGCUGGCCUCCGUUCUAAGCUCGCCCGGCAGCCUGAGGGAAUUGGAGCUCGGCGACAACGACUUGGGUGACGACGGGCUGGAGGCGCUCGCCGCCGGACUGGCAAAGCCGCAGUGCACCUUGCAAGUCCUCGCGUUCAAUAGCUGCAAGCUGAGCAAGAAAAGCUGUGAGGCGCUGGCCUCCAUUCUAAGCUCGCCCUGCAUCCUGAGGGAGCUGUAUCUCACCCACAACGACUUGUGUGACGACGGGCUGGAGGCGCUCGCCGCCGGACUGGCAAAGCCGCAGUGCACCUUGGAAGUCCUCAAGCUCUGGAACUGCAAAUUGACCAAGAAAAGCUGCGAGGCGCUGGCCAAGGCUCUCCGGUCCAACCCCUCCCACCUCCAAAAGCUGAAGCUGUGGGGCAAUGACAUCGAAGAGGAAGGAAGGCGGGUCUUGGCCGAGGUCCAAAAGGAUCCUCGCUGCAGUGUGGAGAUCACGUGGUAGGUUCCAAACAUCUUCCAGGGCGCUCGCUCGCUCGUCUGAAUGGACCGGCGACACUUGUGCGUUGAAGAAAAUGGGUAGCUACAAAGACAGAUGUGCUCACAGCUCAUGGACUAAAGUACCUAAAGUCACACCAAAAAGAAACAUUUGAAGCAUCUCAUUCUAGCUAGUACACACCAAAUCAAUAACGACCACAGAAGUAGACAUUUUUAGACGAGAUGUGAUGGACUAUGUCAGGGGUGUCCAAAUUUUUUGCAAGGAGGGCCAGAUUUGAUAAAGUGAAGGGGCCCGGGGGUCAAUAGUUUUUUCGGACAUUUUUUAACUACAAAAAUGUAGUUAAGUGUACAACACACGGUUAUAAAACAAAUUUCAUUGUCACAAUUGUCUUUAUUUUUCAAAUGACAAAAUAACCAAAUAUGAGUCACUCAGGCAGAUGUGAACAACUCUAAAAACACAAAUUCUGCCUUUCAUUCAUAUGUGAAGAGUCAGAUAACAUUGAACAAACUGUAUGAAAUACCUUACAUUUACAUGAGUUUAAAAUGACUUUUGCCUCAUGAACAUUUUAAACGUGAGUUAUAAGUAAUGCAAAGUUGUCUGUUAUUAUUAAAACUUAAAACUAGUGAAUUUUGCUCUUGUCAUUUACAUUAUCUUUCAGAAAAUAAUAGUUUGUGUCAGGUCUACAGGUCCAUGACAUCAACCGUCUUAACAUGGCCACUUUGUAGCUUGCUUUAGUAAUAUUUAUUUUUGACUCACAGUCCCGUGUGAAGAAUCGCUGUUGUGAUGCCAGUUCAGCUUGGAGCUGCUUCACUUUAUCAGCGCGGUCACUCCCUGUUAGCUGGUCGUUUGUGUUCGCAUGUUUAGUCUGAUAGUGUCUCUUUGAGUUGAAAUCCUUAAACAAGGCAACCGUCUCUUUACAAAUUUCAGUGAUGUACAGUAAUCCCUCGCUACAUCCCGGUUUGUUUAACGCGGUUUUACUACAUCGCAGAUUUUUUUCCCAAAUUGAAAAAAAGAAUUAAAAGUCAAAAUCAAACUUCUAAAUUGAGGAAUUAUUGCACAAAACUUGCCCACACGCGAGCAGAAGGCAAGGAGUGCCCACACAAUUGCAGUGCGUACACUUGUACCUUUUUAAAAAAAAAAAAGAAAAAAGGUUAUUAUAAUAAGAGUUCUAAAAACAUAUUUACAGUGUUGUACCUUGUUAUAGAAAAUUGUUAUAAUAAUAAAAGAGUUCUAAGAACAUAUUUACAGUAUGUACACUUCUACCUUGUUAUAAAAAAUGUAUAAUAAUAAAAGUUGUUCUAAAAACAUA